AUGAAUGAGAAACAAAUUCUCGGCGUUGCUGGUAGCAGUAAUGAUGUACACCUUAUGACAUUAGAAUAUUAUAACGAACAUAAAGAUGAACUGAAAGGAGAGAAGGGUGACACCGGACCACAAGGACCACAAGGAAUACAAGGAAUACAAGGAAUACAAGGACCUCAAGGCGAGAACGGUUUGGAUGGAAAGGAUGGAAAGGAUGGAAAAACUGCUAAAUCAUGGAUAUGGGACCUUAUAAAUACUGGUUUAACAGCUGCUUCAUAUGGAGUUCUUCAAUACCAAAUCGGAAAGAUAUGGGCAGUACUUGGUGAAGAAGCUUUAGAUGACGUUAAAAAUGCUUUGAACUUCAUUUCAAAUGGUUCGGAUACUAUUAAAACUUUAUCUGGUUGGAUGCAAGAAACAAGGAGUCAAAUAGAUACUGUAAGACGUAUAGCAAACAAUGCACGUACGGGAUUGGAUACUUUACAAGAAGCACAAAAUACACUAAAGGAAGCAAAUGAUAUUCUUGGCUCAGUAUCAGACAUGCAUGAAGAUUGGCUUAAAGGUAUUGACAAAUCUUUAAAAAAUCACAGUCAGUCUAUUGCUGACUACAAGAAAAGUAUAGAUUUUUUACAUAGUGCUAUGGACGUACAUGAUGGAAGCAUAAGGAACUUACUUAAUGCUAACAAUAACUUACCAGGAACUAUUAAAGCAUUUAUAAAGUCCUUUGUAAAACCCGGUGCUCUAACAUUUAGGUCUUUGAGAGCAAGAGCAUUGAAGUCAAGAGAUGCAGAAACUCCAACAGAAGGAACUGAAACAACAGAAACUCCAGAAGAACCACCAAAACCAACAGCUAAUGAAAUAUUGUUCGAAUAUUUUCCAAGGUACUCUGUUCUCAUUGCAUACAUUCAAGAAAUACUUAAGAAAGCAGACUUGACUUUAGGAGAUGAUGAAAGUUCUGUAUAUCUUUCGUUCCAGUUUCAAAUAGCAGAACUUUUGAGACAGAUAUGCUUAAU